AUGACAAAAGGCUCACUCGGAGGAGAAGGCGGCGGGAGACGGAGGAUCUGUAGCCGCGGAAGGCUUAGGUAGACCGGGCGGAGCUCGCUGCGUUUACCGGGGGUCUGGAGGGUUCCCCCGUGUUUCCUCACACGUGUUUCGGCUUAGGUGGAAAUCACUGCGGGUCUCUCAGCGUCUUCCAGCAGCAGCUGUGCACCGAAUCAUGGAGGACAUCACUCCCUCACCUCUCAGAUUAAGGGGCUGAACUGAAGCCCCCGAAGGCAGACAGGCCACAGGCCCUCUCCAUCGCCACCAUGGAGGACGGCUCUGACUCCCCCGUCCAGACAGAAGAUGCUGCAGUGCAUUGCAAACUGUGUCUGAGUGACUGUCCUGCGCCAGAGACCAGCAGACUGCACUCCUGCGGCUGCGUGUUCUGCACUCAGUGCUUGCGUCAGUAUGUGCAGCUAGCCAUACACGGCGGGGCUGGCGCUCCCAUUACCUGCCCUGACCUGGCAUGCAAACACCCAGGACCUCUUCUGGACUCUGAGGUUGCCUCUUUCGCCCCGAGUGAUGAAGUCGAGCUUUACCGGCGGCUCAAAUUUGAAAGAGGCAUUUCCAAGAUCUCCUAUGUAGCAGAUGCCAGUGCUGAGGAGGUGCUGUGUUUUAAACACUACGAUGCCACACAGGUCUUGCUGGGCAGAACAAUGGAGGACUGGCUCAGGUUCUCGGUGUGUUACUGGCAUUCCUUCUGUGGAACUGGUGCAGACCCGUUUGGGUCUCCCACUCUCUGCAGGCCAUGGAACGAGGGGGACAGCGACAUGGAGAUAGCAAAGAAGCGACUCAGCGCAGCCUUCGAGUUCUUCACUAAACUUGGAGUGAAAUACUACACAUUUCAUGACAGGGACAUGGCCCCCGAGGGCCGCACUCUGGAAGAAUCCAAUAAAAACCUGGAUGAGAUUUCAGACUUGGCUUUGCAGCUCCAGAAGAAGACUGGGGUUAAAGUGCUUUGGAUCACCUGCAACCUGUUUGCUCAUCCCAGGUAUAUGAACGGAGCCUCCACUAACCCAGACUGCCAUGUUUUGGCCUAUGCUGGAGCUCAGGUGAAAAAGGGUCUCGACAUAGCCAAGAAGCUGGGGGCCGAAAACUUUGUGUUCUGGGGGGGCCGGGAGGGCUUUCUCUCCAUCCUCAACACAGACGUAGCGGCUGAACUGAAGCACAUGGCCAACUUCUUUAAAAUGGCAGUGGCUUAUAAAGAAAAGAUUGGCUUGAAAUGCCAGUUCCUCAUUGAGCCAAAGCCGAAGGAACCGUGCAAGCACCAGUACGACUACGAUGCGAUGAGUGUUAUCGGCUUUUUGAAGCACUUUGGAUUGGACAAAGACUUCAAGCUUAAUAUUGAGCCCAACCACACAACCCUGGCUGGACAUUCCUAUGAGCACGACAUCAUCAUGGCCUCUGUGUUUGGUAUGCUGGGCUCUGUGGACUCAAACACUGGGUCUCCUGAUCUGGGCUGGGACACAGAUCAGUUCCCCAUGGACAUCCGCAACACAACCCUAGUGAUGAAGGCUGUAAUCGAGCAGGGAGGCUUACAGCCCGGAGGUUUGAAUUUCGAUGCCAAGGUUCGAAGAGAGUCGACUGACCUGGAGGAUUUGUUCAUCGCUCACAUUGCUGCCAUGGAUGCUUUCGCUCGGGGUCUCAAAAAUGCAGUCAAGAUUAUUGAGGACGGAGUCAUGCAAAAAAUGCUACAGGAGCGUUAUGUAAGCUUCAGCUGCGGGAUUGGUCAGAAGGUGGAAGAGGGCGGUGCGACACUGGAGGACCUGGAGGAGUUCAUCAAGCAGAAUGGAGAGCCUAAAGUCACAUCAGGAAAACAGGAAAAAUAUGAAACGGUCUUUAAUCAUUACAUCUGACUCACUGAUCUGUUACAUGGAGGAGAUUUGUUCAAUCAGGGUCCAUGUCUGAAAUCCUUACUUACAUUUCAUCGCAUAUUAUUCCUCAUUUAUUCUGCAUUACACUGCAUUUAAUGUGCCAUUACUUCUGCACAUUCCAUUAAUUAUUUUUGAACAUGUUAAACUAAGCAAAUAAACAGUAAUUAUGGUAAUUAUAGUAAUUGUCAAAAAUUACGGUUUAAUUACUGUGCAGAUGUGAAUUUCUAUAGCGUAUGAUUUUGUCUUUACAAUAAAACAAUCAAACACUCGUAAUUUUGUCAGGGCUACCCAAACUUUUGGAUAAGCUGGGAAGUUGUAAAUGAAAAAAAAAAAAAAAAAAAAAAAAAAAAAAAAAAAAAUAUAUAUAUAUAUAUAUAUAUAUAUAUAUAUAUAUAUAUAUAUAUGUCUAAUGUGUUUAUAGCAAAUCUAUAUACAGUAUUGCAUAAAUGCUAAAGUGUUUUCAAAAUAAAUAAAAAAAAUAGAUUAUGUAGAUUAUAAUUUUAACAGAGAGCAAUAAUAUGAAAAGCACUAUGCAUAUACAGUUUAGAGAAAUGGACCAAUAUUGAUGUCAAUCUUGUAUAAUUAAAGCAAUAUAGCAAAUAACAAGUCUACAAUAUAUACCUGUUAAUGUAGAUAUUGAAGUUUGUCUUUCUUUUUCUUUGGCGGACAAACACAUUUUUUUUUUUACUGUUUAUUAUAUAAUUUCAUAUGUGUCCCUUUAAUUGUUUUGAUAUCUUCAAUAUUAACCUACAAUGUAGAAAAUAAAUAAAUGAUCUGGAACUGUG